UCUGCGCCUGCGCGGUGGAGCCCGGCGCUCUCCUUCGGAGCGUCUGCGAGGGUCCCGGCGGCGGCGCGGAGCCCCCAUGGCGGAGUCGGAGCCCCUCCUGAGCCGGGCCCGCGGCAGCAAUGGGCUCGACUGCCCGGUCGGCUCGCCCGAUUGCGUCCAAGUCGGCCCUGGCGCCGAGGCCCGGCGGGACCUGUGCUUCGAGCAGGCGGUGAUCUUCAUUGAAGACGCGAUCCAGUAUCGCUCCAUUAACCACCGCAUGGACGCCAGGUCGAUGUGGCUCUACCGGUGGUAUUACUCGGACGCUUUCCAGUGGAUUUUGGGCUUCAUCAUUUUCUUGGUCCUGUUUUUGGCUUUUAUUGAGACCCCUUCCUCGUUCACCCGCACCUCGGACGUCCGCUACCGCUCCAAGCCCUGGAACCCGCCCUGCGGCCUGACGGAGAGCAUCGAGGUGCUCUGCCUGCUGGGCUUCGCCACCGACCUCUCCGUGAAGAGCUACCUGGUUGGGUGGCCCCAGUUCCGGAAGAGCCUGUGGCUGGUGGCCUACCUUGUGGUGCUGGUCGUGUCUUUCGUGGACUGGAUGGUGUCGCUGAGUCUCGUCUGCCAGGAGCCCCUGCGGCUGCGCCGGCUGCUGCGGCCCUUCUUCCUGCUGCAGAACUCCUCCAUGAUGAAGAAGAUGCUCAAGUGCAUCCGGUGGUCGCUGCCGGAAAUGGCCAGCGUGGUGCUGCUGCUGGCGCUGCACCUGUGCGUCUUCACCAUGCUCGGCAUGCUGCUCUUCACCGGCGAGAAGCAGGACGAUGGGCAGGACAGGGAGAGGCUGAUCUACUUCCGCAACCUGGCGGAGUCCCUGACCUCGCUCCUGGUGCUGCUGACCACGGCCAACAACCCUGACAUCAUGAUUCCUGCGUAUUCCAAGAACCGGGCCUUUGCCAUCUUCUUCAUAGUUUUCACGCUGAUCGGAAGCUUGUUUCUGAUGAACCUGCUGACGGCCAUCAUCUACAAUCAGUUCCGGGGCUACCUGCUGAAAUCUAUCCAGGCCUCACUGUUCCGGAAGCGGCUGGGGACCCGGGCUGCCUACGAGGUCCUGUCCUGGAUGGCCAAGGGAGAAGGCGGCCCUCAGGGAGUUGGGGUGAGGGCCCAGGACCUCCUGCACGUGCUUCAGAAAGUCCAGGCCAGCAGCACCCACAAGCAGGCCGUCAUGGAGCAGGUGCGUGCCCGUAGCGAUGGCCUGCUGUCGGCUGACGAGUUUCAGAAGCUGUUCAGUGAGUUUGACAAAAGUCUGACGAAGGAGCACCCACCGCCGCCUGAGUACCAGUCCCCGUUCCUGCGGAGCGCCCAGUUCCUGUUCGGCCACCCCUACUUCGACUACCUGGGGAACUUCUUCGUCCUGGCGAACCUCGUGUCCAUUUGUGUGUUCCUGGUGCAAGACGCAGGCAUCCUGCCCCAAGACCGGGAUGACUUCGUGCUGGGGAUCCUCAACUGCGUCUUUAUCCUGUACUACCUGGCGGAGGUGCUGCUCAAGGUGUUCGCGCUGGGGCUGCCCGGCUACCUGUCCUACCCCAGCAACGUGUUCGACGGCCUCCUCACCGUCAUCCUGCUGGUUCUGGAGAUCUCAACUCUGGCUGUGUACCGAUUCCCACACCCAGGCUGGAAGCCGGAGAUGCGGGGGCUGCUGUCGCUGUGGGACAUGGUGCGCCUGGUGAACAUGCUCAUCGUGUUCCGGUUCCUGCGCAUCAUCCCCAGCAUGAAGCUGAUGGCCGUGGUGGCCAGCACCAUCCUGGGCCUGAUCAGAAACAUGCGGGCUUUCGGCGGGAUCCUGGUGGUGGUGUACUACGUCUUUGCCAUCGUUGGCAUCAACCUGUUCCAGGGAGUCAUUGUGGCUCCUGGGAACAACAGCCUGGCCCCUAACGGCUCAGCGCCCUGCGGCAGCUACGAGCAGCUGGACUACUGGGCCAACAACUUCGACGACUUCGCGGCUGCCCUGGUCACGCUGUGGAACGUGAUGGUCGUGAACAACUGGCAGGUGUUCCUGGACGCCUAUCAGCGCUACUCGGGCCCGUGGUCCAAGAUCUACUUCGUGUUGUGGUGGCUGGUGUCGUCUGUCAUCUGGAUCAACCUGUUUCUGGCUCUGAUUCUGGAGAACUUCCUUCACAAGUGGGACCGCCGAGGCGACCUGCAGUCCCUCUCCGGGGACGAGAUAACCACAGUGGACCUCUUGUUCAGGGAGGUCCUGGAGGAGCCGACGGAGGAGGAGCUGAUGGCGAAGCUGCGGCAUCACCCCCACCUGCAGCUGUGCAGGUGACGUCUGUGUGCCUUCCUGGCUGGGCGGAUGGCGAUGUGGCCUGGGCGCCAGCGCGGGUCCCGGGGAGAGGCCGCUGCGGCCCGGAGGAGAGACAGAGCCACUCGGCCCACCGGGGCUGCGACAGAACCCACAGAACCGAGGCCCCGUGCGCUGCGAGCGGACACGGCAGCUUCUGUCUGCAGCAUCGCGGCUCGGUCGGUGCGGCAGCAGCGUCCAUGCCACGCCGCGCCACGCCGUGCCACGCCGCCCCACGCUGUGCCACGCUGUGCCACGCCGCGCCACGCCGUGCCACGCCGCCCCACGCUGUGCCACGCUGUGCCACGCCGCGUUAUAUGAGCUGCUUUUACUUGUCUCAGUGCGGGAAGAGGGUGACUCCACAGGACCCUGAGAGGGUCUGAGAGCAAGAAGCAGGGCCUCCUCCUGGCCCUGCGGUUUCCGUGGUGCCUUUGCUGCCGGCGGCCUUCAGGGACGAGAGGCCCCGUGGGCCGCACAGGCCGGCCGGCGGCUUCCCAGGCCCGUCGGCGUGGACGCUGCUGGUUUCACAUGCAGCGAGCCGUGGCUGUUGCAUUAUUGUACGCGUUCCAUGACUGUGACUGGGUGUUUCCUUACGGGUCAGAAUGCCAAUAUCACUACGUCUUACAAAGAACGAGGUGUCGUCUUUCCCGCCAUACGGCCGCCCCGCUCCUCCGGCCCUGUGAGCUGUGCACGGCACAGGGUGCCCCGUGGCCGGGGGCUGUCCACCCGCGGCAGGGGCCGCCUUCCUCUAAUUCGCAUAAAGGCGUGUAGAAGCCUGGAGAGGUCCUACUGUGUGUGCUCGGUGUGGCAGGAGGGGGCCGGAGGAGUGAGCAGAAUGGGGAAGGCCAUGUUGCCGUGUGACCCACCACAGAUCCAGAUGGCAAGUGGUUCCCUUGUGAACUGCCGGUCGGUGAUUGGCGGUCGCUCCCGGAGGCCUCUGUUGGGGACCGAAUCUCCGAGGAAAGCAUUGCUGAGAUGGAUUAGUGAUGUCUGCUGAGGGCCAGGCAGUGGCCACGAGGGCACAGGUGCUGACCGCCUGGGAAGGGACACCAGUCUCCUGUCUGGGCAACGGGAUGAGAGGAAAGUUUAACCAAAAAAGUAACUUCUGAGACGUCACGAACCCCAGUGCUCGAGUUUGUAAACACUGAGGAUGGUUUACAUUAGG